AUGAAGUGGGCUAUCAGUAUCAUAUCUCUUGGCUUCAUUGCCAGCAGCUUAGCUGCCCCAACUGACGGCCUGGACCUCUUCAAGCUCAAAAUCAGCUCUCCCGUAAAAGCCAUCGACGACCGGUACCUGUCGUCAAAUGCUUCGACCAUUGGCGUCUACGAUAUCGACGACACCGCCGCCAUCAGAGUCUACCGAACUAGCAGCAAAAAGGCGGGCUGCAGCCAGCUGCACACAUAUCCCGUUGGCAUCGUUGACCAUGCCCUUGCUCUCGUUGGAUCGAACGGCCUCAUGACCCUCACCGACAUGGUUAAUCCUUCCGGCGCGAAACCUGCGGACGGAUUGGUUAUGGAGUGGGAUGCGUUCCGGGUCUCCAAUGGCAAGCUCACCAACGAUGGUCAGGGCAGAUGGGUUGCUUUCCCGGGGGCCAAGGAUAGCUGGGGCGUGAAGUGGACGGAUGGUUCUGCGUUCAUGACGGCGGAUUACAUGCCAGUUGAAAUCGUUAUGGAGGCAGCAGGCGAGGGUCGCUACAAUUCGGAAUAG